UUGUGAUUACAAAGCGAAAUUUGCGAAUACUAGAUCGUGUCGCCAACAAACAAAUCGCAUAAAUUCCUUUGUGUCUAAGUUAACAUUUGCCCAAUUUUGCUUCGAGGGUGCACACCAUGGCAUGGUCUUCAUACCAAAAGUUCUUAGCAUUGAUGAUGGUUGUAACUGGUUCCAUAAACACACUUAGUACGAAAUGGGCUGACAAGAUCUCAUCUGUUGGCACGGAUGGCGUCAGUAGAGAAUUUGAUCAUCCGUUCUUACAGGCUGCAGCAAUGUUUUUGGGUGAAAUGCUGUGUCUAUUCACAUUUAAAAUCAUCCAUUGGAGAACUAGGAAUACAGGAGGUCAUCCCCUUACACAGGGCAAUCAAAGCUUCAAUCCCUUCAUCCUAAUGCCAGCUGCAAUGUUUGACUUAAUAGGCACUUCAAUUAUGUACAUUGGUUUAACAUUAACAUAUGCGAGCAGUUUUCAAAUGUUUCGUGGCUCAAUCAUCAUAUUUGUGGCUCUAUUCUCCGUGAUAUUUCUAGGAAAACAAAUCAUCAGGAGAGAGUCUAUUGGUAUAGCGAGCGUGAUCUGUGGGCUGUUCAUAGUGGGCAUAACAGAUUUCCUGUACCAGGCGCCGGGCGACUCGAAGGGGCGCAACAGCCUCAUCACGGGGAACCUGCUCAUCGUGCUGGCGCAGGUCGUCUCCGCCUGCCAGAUGGUCUAUGAAGAAAAAUAUGUAGCAGGUCUAAACAUCCCGUCGAUGCAAGCUGUGGGGCUGGAGGGCGUGUUCGGGUUCUCGGUGCUGUCGGUGCUCUUGGUCGUGUUCUACUUCACCCCCGCGCCCCCGCACUUCGGACACAACCCCCGCGGGGUCGUCGAGGAUGCUAUCGACGGCUUAGUGCAGAUUGGCAAUAGCCCUUUGCUGAUGGUCGCCAUAAUGGGCACAGUGGUGUCCAUCGCGUUCUACAACUUCGCCGGCAUCAGCGUCACCAAGGAAAUGUCUGCCACCACCAGAAUGGUCCUGGAUUCGAUCAGGACAUUGGUAAUCUGGACGGUGUCACUCGGUGUGAAGUGGCAAGCGUUCCACUGGCAACACCUCGUCGGGUUCGGGGUGCUGAUCUUCGGCACGUGCGCGUACAACGGCGUGAUUCCGCCGCCACGUUGCUGGCCCCGUCGCGCGGGAGCGCCGCCUGCGCACGACGAGGAGGCAAUCCAGGUCGCGAACGACGACGCCACAGAGACCGAUUAGAGUAACGAUGGUGCUGCUACAUUUCAAAUAAUACUUUACGGCUAGGGAUCUCUGUAAGCGUAAUUACGCAACAAAAUGACGUUAAGAAAUUUUAACCAUUUUAUUACUAAAACUACGGGCAACUUUUCCGCUUUUUUCUCUCUUUAAUUUUCCUUCAUUUUCUCUAAUGAAGAAAUUCAUAUGAAUAUUUGAAUUUAUUCAAAAAUGGAAUAAGAUUUUAAAUUCGCUCUUUAUAAAAAUAGCAGUUCCAUUCAAUAAACUACAGUGAGAAAUGCCUUACAAGCAAGCCCGCGUACAUGAAACGCGACGGAGACGUCAUCGCCGUUAGAAGUUGUUUAUCCCAUGUACAUACGAUAGCCAAGCACCAAAAACAAAAAAUGCAAACAUUUGACUUCCAUAGACGCCUGUAGUCUUAUGCUCUGGCAUCAGAGCACAUUGAACCAUUUGAAAAACCGUGUAAGCGAGGAAAGUACCCAAUAUUUAUAGGAAACGUGCGAAUUACAGAAUUCGGAGUCAAUAAACCAUCUUUAUGUGUACGGAAGAAAGGAGAACUCGGAAUAAAAUAAGUAAAGCAGAGUUAGUUUUAUUAGCUAAAGGGCCAUCGUUUUAAAAGUGGAGCGGAGAAAAGCUGUGUUCCAGCAAACAAUAGCGUUUCGGAAGUUUUCAAAAUUCUAAUAAAUGUUUACACCCUCGUCCACAUCUCCACUUGUAGCCAAGUGUAAGUAAAAAAAAAAUGUUGUUAGUCGACUUACCGCUCCGCUUUAGCAGAAAGUGGGCCUAAAAAUUCCGCAACAUGGCGGUGGUCGAAAUCGAUUGAACAACCUUUAUGUGACGUGCUAAAUAAUCCAUUCGUUUUAAAAUUAGUUCUUAAAUGGAUUACAUGAUGUUACGUAUAAGCGGCAGCAACUGGGCCACUUGCGCCGCUUCAUUACUUAAUGCCUGCGUGGCGAGAUAUUCUAUACACUGUAUAAGCGAUUACGUACAUUUCUUGAUAUACCUGUGAUAGUUUAUGAAUAAAAUCCUACUCUCCCAAUAAGCUAAAUUUAUCGAAAGUUAGGGACGCUGUGGAGGUUGACGAAAUGUGUGGCAGAAAAGGCUCUGGCCAUUAUUACGAACAAACACAAACGCCACACCCUUUGCGCUGAUCAUGACUGGAUUUGUAAAGCCAGCAACACUAUUCUCCAAAUUGUUUUAAAUAUAUUCAGACUUUUCUAUGUUCGUAAACAUAUUAUUAUGUAAAUAAAUAAUUACAACGAACGUUAUUCAUAUUUGAGAAUAGAAUCAUUCUAAUCGUGUUACGUUUAAAUAAAGCCCGCGAGCAGACGUGUGGCGUAGUAUACGGA